GACUUUCCUAAGGAAAAAACGUCGUCGUCUUCACUCUCCAGGCCGAAAUCUUCAUCGGAUCUUCUUCCCCGAUUCUUCUCCAAAAAUAUCACUGAUUUUUUGGGUUAUUUUUUCGCCUAAGGAAAGGGAUUCUAUAGCUACUCCAUCAAUGAAGGAAAGUCUCCAAAAUUGUGAAGAAGCUUGAUUCCGAUCCGAAAUUUUCAAAGCGUCAAGAACUACAAGGUAUGUUUCCAAAAAUCAUAUGCAUCUAUUAUUCAAAUAAAAACUUUGUGUAAUCUAAUUUUGGCCUCCUGAUUUCCGCGAUUGCGCGUGAUCCCGAUUGUGUUCUGGAGAUCCUGAUUUUUUUCCAAUCCUAUUCCCAAUUUUUAUUUCAAUCGUUUUCCCAAUUUUUUUGUUAAAUUCAUAGAUUGCGAUAUUACAUUCAUAAUUAAAAAUAUGAUUAAACCGAAUUACAUUCUCUACUGCAUGUGUUUGCCUACUUUGAUACUAUCGCAUUUUGAUGAGUAAUUUUCUGAGUAUAAAAGAUUUUAGACAGAUAUAUUUGUCUCUUGAAUAUGAAUUGACAAUCCCAGUAAAUGUUUUGUCAUGUUAAAAAAUGUGUUGACAGAUGUUGAAUAUUUCUCUCUUUAAUAAAUAUUUAAAGAGGAAUGAUUUCAGGUUUAUGUUGGCUGUCUGAAAAGCUGACAUGGAGAAAACCUGAGUUUUUUCACGCCACGCGGGUUUUAUAGGGUGACUUUUGGUUCCUUCGAAAAUCUGCUCAACUUCUCGAUUGAAGGAGAAUUCUGACCAGCUCCUCUCUCGAUGGAGAAAUCCACUUCGCUCCUGGACGAUUGAGGUGAGUGCAUAGAGGAAAAAAAUUGGAAGAGAAAAACGCAGACGAUAACAAUGAUUCUUCGCUCCUGACGGAGAAAUCCACGUCGAUUCUGGUCAGCCCUUCAAUUCUUUUUUCCUUUUUUCGAGAAACUAAUUAUAACCUCAAUUGAUUGAAAGAUUUUAUAUACAGCUCCAACAUAAAUUGAAUCGCUAUGUGCUAUUUAAGUUGGUGUCGUGCAAAGAUGGUUACAACUGUACUUUUGUAAUCAAAUUCUACAGAAAAUGAGUCAUAAGAAAACUAUUGUGCUGCAAUUAUUAUUACUAUUUUUUUAACGAGUGAAUUUCAUUUUUUUUACACCCUAUAUUAUAAUUUUCAUAUAUCAGUGCCACACUUUUGUUCAUUUUCUCUGUUUAAUGUCCUUUUUGGUAGAAUUCUUUGUAUAGUAAAUGAGUUUGUCUUCUUAGCGAUGGGAAGCUUGAAGUGCGUGUUCUUUCCUAUGUCAUUACUUAAAAGUUCUUGAAGGCUUUGAUGGAGAUAAAGUUUUGAGUACUUUUAAUUUUUUUGGUCACUCUAAACUUGGUGUUUAGUUUUUUUUAUUUUUUGGUCACUCUAACCUUAGUUUGUAAAAAAAGUGUUUGCGAUUGAGGUUAAGGAUGACACAGACUGUACAAGAUUCAUAGUUUUCAAUGAUCAAACUAAGAAGAUUAUUGGCAAAUCCGCCAUGAACAUGAGUGUGUACAAUAUCACAAAGAAAUUGGAGGUAGUAUUUAUACUUAUUGCAUUAUUUGGAAGGGUACUUUAAUUAAUAUAUCCAUAGUUUUCAUUGAAGUGGGGACUGUAUACCUUAUAUUGCUUUUCUGGUGAAGUUUUAAACCUACCAAACAAUCAUGCUAUGUCUCUGAAUUUGUUAAUCUCAUCUACACAGGUAGGUAUUCAUGUUUGGCACAAAAAUUCGCCAGGAGCUGGGAGGAUUAAUCGACUUCUCUGCCGCAAAAAUUCUGAUUACUAUUUUGAUUCAUCUCCUCCCCACAUGCAUGGAUCUGGUAACUCUAAUCAAUUCGUCGCUUUGUACUAUGAUGUAUGAACUGAGAUGAAUGAUUUUUUUUUAAAAUUAUAUAAUUUUUCAAUUUCAACAAUCGUAAUGAUUCAUCAGGUACUUGUGCUUCUUAGAGUAGACAAACAAUUGUAUUCAUUUAAUCAAGAUAAAUAGCUUUAGUAUUUUUGUAAAAUCCAAAUUUGUGAUUUGUUUAGAACAAUAAUUUACUUUGAGAAUUCUUUUCUCAUUUUUUGACUUCCGUACAAGUCCAUUUAGAGUCUCAAAGCAUUUCUAUUGUAAAAUAUUUAAGAGCAUUCUUGGCUGCUGAGUAAUAUGAGUAUGGUGUUAGAAGUUAUUUUCUAAUUUCUCCAUUAGAUUAAAUGUUUCAAUUUCUUUGAUCAAUCAAUUAUAAACUAUUCUUAAAAUAUAAAAGGAUAUUUUUUAACUACAUAUAACACUCCAAAUACGAUAUUGGUAUUAAAAAAAAUGUGUCUGGCUGUGAAAUAGAAAUCAUGAGUGGAGUUAUUGUUUUGUUGUGUAUGUUUAAUAUAAGUUUAUAUUUAGCACUUACUUAGCUUUCAUUUUUUUAGUGGUUUUGGUUUGCGUUUCAAGUGUGAACCCCUGACUGCGAUUUAGGAAGAAAGGCGCUGAGAGGAGAAUUGGGAUGUUGAAAUUGAAAGUUUGCGUAUGGAAAUAGAAGCUACAUCAUUAUCGCAGAAAUGAGUUUUUGUUAAUAAACUCAUGAGAGCACCAUCGUUGGCCCAUUGCAUACACCCCCUCGCACUGAUUCUCUCUCUCAGGUUUGAGUGUGCGAAUGGAUGUUUUCAAAUGUAGGAGUGAUGCCAGGAAUUCUUGAGCCUUUUGGGAUAUUCACUACAGGCUAACAAAUCGGAAGCUAAAAAUGAGCUUCUCGACAACAUCCUUACCAAGACAAUAAUAAUGGAUGGUUCUACAACACACGUGGGCACUGCAAGAGGUUAAUUAAGGCAAGCAAGAUGAAAUUCUGGUGUGUAAUAAAUGUGAGAAGAUGGUCAGUGAUGCAGUACUGAGACUAUAUAUAAUUCAUGGAAAUCAAAACAUCUCUUAUGAUGCUAUAACAGCGCUUUAAUCAAAACGAUACUCAACUCCUUGGUGUGUAUACCUUCUGUUCUACUCAAUGGUGCUAAACACCACUCGCCAUUUAUGGCAGCCUUGAGGUUUCCUGUCAAGGUUUUUCUAAGCUCGCACUCAUAUUGAGAAUUUUUAUGCUCGACAAUUGUUUCAUUCUUUAAUGUUUUUUUAUAGUGGUGUUUACUUAGUAGAACUUCCUACAUUCUUUAAUGUUUUUCUACAGUGGUGUUACAACUUCCUAAUUUGUUUGAUUUUUUGUGCAGAUUAUAUAUAUAUCAUGGAAAUAGAAACCUCUAUUAUGAAUUAUGAUGCUAUAAUAGCUUAAUCAAAACGAUACUCCUGGGCAUGUACACCUUCUGUUCUACUCAUUCGCAUCCUUCAGUCUGGUUUUUUGUUAAUAUUUUUCUAUUGCGCCCAUGCUUCCUGCACAUCGUCAUGUAUCCAAUGGAAUCACGGCUUGCCAAUUUUAUCCACUGUGAACUCAUAUGUAUGCUCCUACAUGCAAAUAUAAAGCCAAAAAGCACAUUCUGCUAAUCAUCAUGAAUUUUAUCCCAAAAAAACGUAGUACUUCCCUAGCCUGCUAAAGUGCUAGCUAAAGUCUUCACACUCUAUUCAUGAUUCAUAUGAUCGAGACUCGAUCAUCUCCUUAUUCUUUUUGUAAGACUUUUUUAUCUUUUGCACACACCUAAAACUGUUUAAACCCUGGUCUAACAUAAAGGACACAUGGACAAGAUGAGUUGUUGGUGUUAUACUGUUAUCAACCUACUGCUUUGAGUGUUGAGAUGGGUUGUGGGAACAAAAGAGGUGAGCAUAAAAGAGCUUGCACAAUUGGUAAAUGAGUUGGCUGGGUAUAAGGGGGACAUUGUUUGGGACUCAUCAAAGCACUUUGGGAUAUAAGGCUUAGCUGUUGUUGUUGGAUUAUGCCUCUAAGUUUACCAUUUAGAGAAUUUAUUAUGAAUGCCUACCUUGAUGUUCUUGAAUAUGCCAUUUCUCAUUGCGCUUUUAGUUCAUCUGUUAGAGAAAUCAAUAUUAAAGCCUUAAGAAGUUCAUUUGCCCACUGCUUGAAGGACAUUUUUAACUUCUUCACGUUUUUAGAUGAAGUCAAAAGAUUUGUAGUUAAUAGUGUAUCAGAUGUAAAAUAACUCGAAAAUGUGAAUAAUGAAAAGAAGCUUUUUGGAAACAGCCUCCCUACUUUCAAAUAGGGGCAAGAAGCUUUUUCCAAUAAUUCCCUGAAUGAUUAUCUAUUAUAAACGUUAUAUUAUAAUAUACUAUUGUCGGAUCAAAAUGAUUAUAUAUACAUUAUAUAUAAUCAUUUGGCACACCUUUGAUGAUGAUGAUGCUUGAAUCUGGAUUCUAAGGAAAUUAUAAGUAGAUUAAAAAACAGUCACAUUUUGUUUUUUAGAUGUUGAUGAUGUUUUUUAAAUUUUGCAUCAUUAAACUAAAACUUGCUGAGACAAGAUUCUUGAGCUUGAGUAUUUUGGAUUAUGGUCAUGAGGGUGGAUGUAGGUAGAUGAUAUAUUAUAAAUCCAUGUUUUGCAGCUUAUUUAUAGAUUCUGAGGAGCUGCAAAAGUUGAGGUUGAGAGGCUACCAUAUGUGAUAUUGAGGGGCUGCAAUAUCAGAUGUAACUAUGGAAUUUUCAGCAGCUUUAGAAAAAUUUUACAAGGGGUUUAGAAAAAUGUAACUAUGUAACUACAAAAAAAUUUCAGCAGCUUUAGAAACACUUUACAAGGGCUUUCUAUGAUUGACUUUUUUAGAAGUUAUUAGGACUCACUAUUUCUGUGGGCUGGUUUAGUGUUUCCAGGGUAAUAAGGUAUAUUUGAAUCAAGUACAAGUCAGGCUUUUGAAGCUGGGAAAAGCAGUUGGUUUUGCUAUUGUAUUG